GUUUGAAAAAUCUUCUUCUCUCUCUACGGGUGUAGGGCAGACGGCAGAGCAGAGAGGCAGAGAGAUCAGCACUCUUCGUUAAAAAUCAAAACUUUUUCUUCCUUUAUGGUGGUUCGUGGUGAGUUUCUGCUUCACCCUUACUUUGGAGCCGUUCUUGGGCAUCACGCAAUCUCUCGUUCUGCCACCGGAGAAGCUCCAAUGGCGGGUUCUAUGGCAAUGUUGGGUGGCGAUGAUGGGUCUUGACGGUGGCUUCGAUUUGUGGGAUGUCGAGAACGAGAAAGAAUGCGGCAACUUGGUGAUGAUGGGUCUUGACAUUUGAUGUACUAGAGGCUUUGUGAUAAGGAAAAACCACCACUGAUUCGAGGCGGGGAAGGAAAACACCCAUAAGGUUUUUGGUCUACAUCAGUUUGUCAUGUAGGUGUAACAGUCAUUUUGAGACCAAUGUGAUCGAUAUCUUGAAGUGCCUUGACCAUUUUGUGAAAACCACAAAGGUACCGGACGAUGGAUGUUUGUUGGUAAAGGGUUGAACCGAGGCGGGGAAGGAAAACUACCAUAAGCUUGUUGGUCUACAUCAGCCUAACCAGAUCCCAAUUGGAAGUGAUUACGCAGUAAGUCUUAUCCCGUCACUUUGCUCAUGGAAUUCCUCCAGAUGGAAACAACUUUAGAGCCCUUCAACAUCUUUCCUUCCAGGUGUGUUGGUCUCUUAUCUAGUUCUAUUGUUUUGUCUACUUUUUCUUCAAGAAUCUAUCAUACAUUGUAGGUACUUAUAUUUUUAAUGGGAGAGAUCCAAAUCACAAUUUUUUUGAGUAACCAAUGGGAAUGGAGUAUAUUAUAGCCAAGCAUUUAUGGCUCUGUGCGAGCACUUGCAGUGAGAAGAGUAGUCAUCGCUGCUGUCGGUAAUGAAUAUCUGAGCCCAAAAAAAUGCAAUUAAGCCUAAUUUUUAUUAUUUAUCAUCAAAAUCUUACUUGUACCUCCGGUCACCUGGCUUCACUUUGUCGCUCACCCUAUUCUCUUCGCAGCACAACCAAGUAUUUAAGUUUGAAACUUUCUCUCAAUCCAAACACUGCCUCUUUGCUUUGCACUCCCUUUCUCUUCCAAAUACCACACAUUCUCUCUCGCUUCCUCUCCUGUUUCUCUGGGAUCCCUUCCUUCCUUUCUUCAUGGGUCGUCCUCCUAGUAAUGGAGGCCCCGCCUUCCGCUUCACCCAGAACGAGGUGGCAGAAAUGGAAGCUAUUCUUCAUGAGCACAACAAUGCAAUGCCAGCACGUGAUGUUCUUGAAGUUCUUGCAGAGAAGUUCAGUGAAUCACCUGAUCGUAAAGGCAAGAUUACAGUGCAGAUGAAGCAAGUUUGGAAUUGGUUUCAAAAUAAAAGGUUUGCGAUAAGGUCAAAAUCAAGGAAGACUCCUGGAAAUUUAAAUAUCACAGCUAUGCCUCGGGAUGAUUCAGCCCCAGUCAGGAAUAUGUCUCAACCAAUAGCUGCUCCAACUCUUGCUGCUCCAGGUUCAGUUCCAGCCACAGCAGAAGUUGCUCCAGAAAAUUCAGUUAUGGAAUUUGAAGCUAAAUCUGCAAGGGAUGGAGCAUGGUACGAUGUGGCUAACUUUCUAUCACACAGAUAUUUGGAGUCCAGUGAUCCGGAAGUGCUGGUACAGUUUGCUGCUUUUGGACCUCAAGAAGAUGAGUGGGUUAAUGUUCGAAGGAAUGUUCGGACACGCUCUCUACCCUGUUUAUCAUCAGAAUGUGUUGCAGUCCUCCCUGGAGAUCUUAUACUCUGUUUUCAGGAACGUAAUGAGCAAGCUCUUUACUUUGAUGCCCGUGUCCGUGAUUCUGAAAGACGGAGGCAUGAUGUAAGAGGCUGUCGUUGUAGAUUUUUGGUUCGCUAUGAUCAUGAUCAGUCAGAGGAAAUUGUGCCGCUUAGGAAGAUUUGUCGCAGGCCUGAAACUGAUUACAGACUACAGCAGCUUCAUGCUGUGGGUGAUUCAGCACAUGUGGAUCAGCAGAAGAGUGUCAUGGAUCCAAAGAAAGCUGAAACAACUGAUGUUCAACCUGGAAAUUCCACCAUCAUCCCAUUCUCAGGGCCAGUCCAAUACUAAAUGAUGCCUAAAACAAACUUUAAAGUGGGGUUUUUUUAUUAAAACUUGAAAAAUUGCAGUUAUUCUCUCAUUUUUAUACUUUUAUUUAUUAGUUAGUAACAAUUGAUGAGGGAACUAGGGAAACCAAACUUGAGAUUGGGAUGAAGUUUUGUUGCUGCCGUUGCCGUUUGUUGAGUUUUUCGUGGAGUUUUGUUUUAUUAAUAAGGGAACUGGGGAAACCAAACGUUUGCCAGACUAGUCAAACGUGGGAUGAAGUAUUUAUUUUUCUUUCUAUGGAGACCAUUGAGGUUGGUUUUUUGAACUGAGGCCUUGAUUUUUAUUUCAAGCCUUCCUUACAAAAAGACUAUUGAACUUAUCACAUGAA